AUGUCUGGCGCAAGGCACUGGGAGCAAGACAAAGAGGCCACAGUCUAUGUCGGAAACCUAGAUGAGCGGGCCUCCGAUAGCUUGGUAUGGGAGCUGAUGCUGCAGGCCGGGCGCAUCGUGAACGUCCACCUCCCCAAAGACCGAGUCACGCAGUCGCACCAAGGAUAUGGGUUUGUAGAGUUUAUUAGCGAGGAGGAUGCCGAAUAUGCAUCGAGAAUCAUGAACGGGAUCCGCCUCUAUGGGAAACCCAUCCGUGUGAACAAGGCCUCAGCCGACAAGCAGAAGUCGGUGGAAAUUGGUGCCGAGCUGUUUGUCGGAAACCUCGAUCCCAUGGUCUCGGAACAAGUCCUUUAUGAUACAUUCAGUCGGUUCGGGAGUUUGGUCAAUUUCCCCAAGGUUGCUCGGGACGAUAACAACCUAUCCAAGGGCUAUGGGUUUGUCUCUUUUGCCGACUUUGAGUCUUCCGAUGCGGCCAUCGCCAAUAUGAACGGUCAAUAUCUCAUGAACAAACAAGUUUCUGUCCAAUAUGCCUACAAAAAGGAUGGCAAAGGAGAGAGGCACGGUGACGAGGCCGAGAGGACGUUGGCAGCGCAGGCUCGGAAGCAUAAUGUUCGGCCACCAACACAGCAGGUUCCACCAGCUCAAUUUCCGGGAGCGGGUACUGGCCCUCCUGCGACUCCUACGGCCAUACCAAAUGGUGACUUGUCCCGACCUGUGAGCACCGGUCCUCCGCAGACGCCCGAUCUCAAUAUGGGCAGGGGAAUACCCCUCCCAAUGAGCUAUCAGGGCGUACCUCCUCCUCCUCCGCAGGGCCGACCCGGCCCUCCCCCUUCAUCACUCACCACUCCACCCCCAGGUCUCCCAGCCCGUCCCCCGCCGUCUCAGGCUGGCUAUGGCGGGCCUCAAACCUUCCUCCCACCAGGGUUUAAUGGCGCUGGCCAGCAACCUCUCUAUCCCCCACAAGCUGCAGCUCCGCCGCCAGGAUUUGGCCCUCCGGGCUUUGUCCCCCCGCAGGUGGACCUGGGACCCCCGCUGCACCUUCAUCGUUGCCCCCCGGCUUUCAGCAGCCAGGUCCCGCCAUGGUUUCGCAUGCUACGAUCUGAUGUUUGGGACAUCAAGCCGCUGCCUCCAGCCUAG